CGGGCCGAGGGCGCGGGCGGCUGCGGCGGUGCGGGCGGCGCGCCAUGUACACCAUCACCAAGGGGCCCAGCAAGCUAGUGGCGCAGCGCCGCACCGGUGCGUCGCAGCAGCAGGUGGACUGCAGACUCGGGGAGCUCAAGUGCCGGCAGCCCGCGCCGCCCUCCGCGCCGCCCCCGCGGCCGCCGCCGGGCCCCUGGCCCCUGUCCAGUUCAGGGCCAAGGCUUGUGUUCAACCGGGUGAAUGGCCGGCGGCCCCCCGCAACAUCCCCAUCCCUGGAGGGACCCCAGGAGCCAUACACGCUGGCCCAUGAGGAGAACGUCCGCUUUGUGUCUGAAGCCUGGCAGCAAGUGGAGGAGCAGUUGGAUGCUGGUUCAACCGGUGAGAGUGGCCUGAGGCCAGUGCAGUAUGUGGAGAGGACUCCCAACCCCCGGCUGCAGGGUUUUGUGCCCAUAGACCUAGACGAGUGGUGGGCACAACAGUUCCUGGCACGAGUUACCAACUGCUCCUAGCUGCUGCCAGACAGGAAGAAGGAAACCAGGAAGCCGGUGGCCUGUUUGGAGCUGCCCUGUCACCAGCCGAGGAGUGCAGCUCCCACACGGGCACGGCUCACCCCCAAAGGGCCUGCUGAACUCUGGCCAGGGUGUGCUGCUGUGUCCACCGGAGGACCAGUAUCCGGAACUCUGUUCGUGCCAACCUCUCAAUCUCGCUGUGCCAGAUGCCAAGGGCUGAGGCGAGCCUUCUGACCUCAUUCCUACUCACUGUGCCCUAGGACCAGCCCUAGGCUUGCAGCGAGAACCUUCAAGUGAAUAAAGUUGACAAACUGUCCUA